AGCAGGCCGAGACUUCCCGAUGGUCUCGCCGCCUCAUUUGUUAGAACCCGCCUGCCCCGCCUUGUUCCUUGCUUUCUGGCUCAAAACUUUUGCCCCCUUCUAAAACCCUAGCUGGAUUCAUCCCCUCUUUCUUGCAGAUCUCAUCCUUGUAGAAUGAAUAUAUGUGGAAGAAUUACCAGCGUUGAUCCCUACCUCUCUUUCUUCUCAUAAGGAUUUCGCCGCCUCAUUCCUUUUGGGAUCUCUUUAGUACAGUCUAUUAUUAUCCUCCCUUCCUCGCUCAGUGGCCUUGUUUUUGUACAUUUCCGGGCUUGGUGUGGAAACCUUCUACUCGAACAGAUAUGUCGUGGAAUGGUUUAAUUAUGAGAAGAAGCUACAAUGAAAGAGAUAGAGGCCAGUUUCGAGGCAGGGGCCGUGGUUGGGACCAAAGACCAGGCGGCACCUUUGUUGGCAGGGGAUUUAGGAUGCUCCGACAAGGGCCUCUCAAAAUUAAUCGUUCAUCUACAUUUAAGAUUGCAAAGUCUUUCAGCAGAACAAAGGAUCUAUUGUGGAGACAUGAUCUAUUUGAGGAUAGUAUGGCUGCUGCUGGGCUGGGAGGAGCUGCAGGCGGAACAAAGUUAUACAUAUCCAACUUGGAUCAUGGUGUAUCCACUGAAGAUGUGAAGGAAUUGUUUUCUGAGUUUGGUGAUCUAAAACAUUCCGCAACUCAUUAUGACAGAAAUGGACGCCCAAGUGGAUCUGCAGAGGUUGUCUAUGCAAGGAGAAGUGAUGCCAUAGCUGCUGUAAAACGGUAUAACAAUGUUCAACUUGAUGGUAAACCUAUGAAGAUUGAAAUUGUAGGCAACAAUUUGGGCCUUCCGAUUGCACCUAGGGUUAAUGUUGUUGGAGGUGCAAAUGGCAGAGGGAAAAGGACAGUUGUUAUGACCCCGGAAUUUGGUCAAGGUGUUGGCGCUAAGCAAUUAUCAGGGUGGAAUCGUGGAAGAGGCCGAGGCCGAGGCCGAUCUAAUGGCCAAGGUCAAAGCAGCAACACCAGCAUUGUUCGCGGAAGCAAUUUACGUGGCCGUGGCCUUGGCCGCAUCGGUGGACGGGGGCGGGGACGUGGACGUGGCAGCAAGCAGCCGGCUAGGAAGACUGCAGAAGAUUUGGACAAAGAACUAGAAACUUACCAUGCAGGAGCCAUGGAUACAUCAUAAAUACCUAGAUUAACUCAUCUUCUUAAUAUUGAAAAAUAAGAACGAACGCCUAGGAGCUAGCAUGGUUGUGGUGUGUUUUGUUAUAUCUAUAUCUUGGUAGCUGAACCCCAAAUAAUUUCUUUAAGAAAUUUGUGUUUGAUAGGUUUUUAUGAUAUAUGGCAGUAGAUGAUGAUGAAUUUGAUAGUUCUGCUGAAAUGCUGCGUCUAUUUAUAUUGCAGGUGUUGGGCACAA